AUAAGUUUUUCCAGUUCCACCCAGACUAGGCUCUAGGAGAGUUGAGAGAGAUCAUCAGACUACUAAUCUUCUCAUCCAUACGUAUUUGCACUAUGUGGAUUCCAGGAUUUGUAUGCCUGAUUCAAUUUCUCUGAUCUAGACCCAGCCAGCAUUUGGCAUCCUUCAUCGAUUCAAAUGGCCGGUAGUAAACUUCACUCCUCACAGGCAAGUUCCAGAACCAGAUCUCCAGUGUUCUUAUGUCUCGUAUCUCUCAUCACUCUCUCCCUCAUUCUCUACAUCGUCUCCAUCUAUUCUUCUCCUUCAGCAUCCCUCCCAACCCUUGAUUCCGUAAACCCAGAUAACAACUUCCCCAACCCACAAACUGACUAUUCAUUCAUCGCCUCUCUUUGGAAAUUUCUUCAAGCCUUAACCCUUCAAAGAUCUAGUUUCAUAUCAGACGAUACCUACGUGGGUUCAUCGAUUGAUGAAGAUGUGAAGAAGUUGGACGAUCGGAUUUGGAAGAGAGAAACCCAAGAGAUUUAUCAAGACACCACCUCCCCCCUACGAGUAUACGUUUACAAAAUGCCACAUAAAUUCACCUACGAUCUCCUUUGGUUAUUUCACAACACAUACAAAACGACCUCAAAUCUCACUUCCAAUGGUAGCCCUGUUCACCGUUUAAUUGAACAGCAUUCUAUAGAUUACUGGCUGUGGGCAGACCUGAUAGCGCCACAAUCGAAAAGGCUUUUGAAGAGUGUGGUGAGUGUUGAGCGGCAGGAGGAUGCAGACCUGUUCUACAUUCCGUUUUUCACAACUAUCAGCUACUUCUUGAUGGAGAAACAGCAAUGCAAGGCACUUUACAGGGAAGCUUUGAAAUGGAUUACAGAUCAACCGGCUUGGAAUCGAUCUGAAGGAAGAGACCAUAUUCUUCCGGUUCAUCAUCCCUGGUCUUUCAAGUCUGUCCGUCGCCACUUGAAGAAUGCAAUUUGGCUGUUACCUGACAUGGACUCCACUGGGAACUGGUACAAACCUGGACAGGUUUCAUUGGAGAAAGACCUCAUACUUCCUUAUGUCCCAAAUGUUCAUCUUUGUGAUCAGAAGUGCUUGCUAGAAAGUGAGUCCAAUAGAGACACUAUACUCUUUUUUCGAGGGAGGCUUAAAAGAAAUGCGGGUGGAAAAGUACGAGCUAAACUCAUGGCCCAACUAAGUGGUUUUCAAGGUGUUGUGAUAGAAGAAGGGACAGCUGGAGAUGGAGGAAGAGAAGCUGCUCAGGCUGGCAUGCGCAAGUCUAUCUUUUGUCUAAGCCCUGCCGGUGACACUCCAUCAUCUGCCAGAUUGUUUGAUGCUAUUGUUAGUGGGUGCAUACCUCUUAUAGUUAGUGAUGAACUAGAGCUCCCCUUUGAAGGGAUACUUGAUUAUCGGAAGAUAGCUGUAUUUGUGUCUUCAAGUGAUGCUGUUCAACCUGGGUGGCUCAUAAAUUUUCUCAGGAGUAUUACUGCUCCUCAAAUCCGAGAAAAACAGAGAUAUUUGGCAAAGUAUUCGAGACAUUUCCUAUAUUCUCAUCCAGCUCAGCCUUUGGGUCCAGAAGACCUAGUUUGGAGAAUGAUAGCAGAUAAAAGGGCCAACAUUAGGCUUCACAUUCGAAGGUCACAGCGGGUAGUGAAUGAAUCGAGAAGCAUAUGCACUUGUGAUUGUAGGGUAGCCAAUGUGUCGCUCUAGGCAAAUGGUUCGUAUUGAUACAACCUUCGAAAGUGUUAAAAACAGUUGUUCUUCUUUAAGAUAUAUUAAGGCAUAAAACAGUUGUUCUUAUUUAAGAUGGUUUCUUUUUUGUUUGUUAAAAAGGUUGUUAGAUUGAUUUGUGUUUUCUUUU